AGCGCGCAGGGAGGAGGGAGGGCCGGGGCAGGCUGGAACCAGGCUGGAACCGGGCUGGAACCGGGCUGUGACGGGGAGAACCUGCAGCUCCGUCUCUCCGCCGCGGAUGGAGCAGCCCGCGCCGCGAUGAGCGCGUUUUUCCUCUCUGUGUCCGGCACGGGAAGGGUUCGUCUGGCAUCUCAGUGACGCUUGGACCGAGGGGUCAGAGGCCUCACGAUGAUGUGCGAGGUGAUGCCCACCAUCUCGGAGGAUGGGCGCGCCGGCGGCGGGGGCGGCUCCUCCUCCCCGGCGGGCGGCGGAGGAGGGAUGGGCGGCGGGAUGGGAAGCCUGGGCGGCUACGGCAGCCAGGAUCGCCGCAGCGGUGGCAGCACCGGCGGCGGCAGCGACGAAGGGGGCAGCACGGGCAACCUGGAGUCGCUGAUGGUGAACAUGCUGACGGAGAGGGAGCGGCUGCUGGAGAGCCUGAGGGAGACGCAGGACAGUCUGGGGACGGCUCACCUCCGCCUGAGGGAGCUGGGCCACGAGAAGGAGUCGCUGUCGAGGCAGCUGUCCAUCGCCCUGCCGCAGGAGUUUGCAGUGCUGACCAAAGAGCUGAACCACUGCCGGGAGCAGCUGCUGGAGCGGGAGGAGGAGAUAUCGGAGCUGAAGGCGGAGAGGAACAACACACGACUACUUCUGGAACACCUGGAGUGCCUGGUGUCCCGGCACGAGCGCAGCCUGAGGAUGACGGUGGUGAAGAGGCAGGCCCAGUCUCCGGCCGGCGUCUCCAGCGAGGUGGAGGUCUUGAAGGCCCUCAAGUCCCUGUUUGAGCACCACAAAGCUCUGGAUGAGAAGGUGCGGGAACGGCUACGCGUGGCCUUGGAGCGCGUGGCGACCCUGGAGGAAGAGCUGCAGACUUCCUCCCAAGAGGUCGUGUCUUUAAAGGAGCAAAUCAAGCGACGCCAGCAAGGACUGGACAACGGCAAAGAGCGACUUCCCAACGGGCCUUCCUCCAUCCUGGACGACGGCGAAGUGGAUCGUCAGAGAGAGGGCGAGAUCGAGCGGCAGCGGUCGGAGCUGGGGCAGCUGAAGGAGCGACUGGCCCUCAUGUGCAGACAGGUGGGAGAGAUCGAGGAGCAGCUGACGUCGGCGAGGAGGGAGCUGACGCGGUCCGAGGAGGCAAACCAGAAACUCCAGAGAGACCUGAAGGAGGCGCUCUGUCAGAGAGAAGACAUGGAGGAGAGGAUCACCACGUUGGAGCGCAGGUACCUCAGCGCCCAGAGGGAGGCAACGUCUCUCCACGACAUAAAAGAUAAACUGGAAAACGAGUUGGCCAGCAAGGAGUCUCUCCACAGACAGAGCGAAGAGAAAAACCGGCAGCUUCAGGAGCGUCUGGACGAUGCCAAACAGAAGCUGCAGCAGACGCUGCAGAGGGCCGAGACGCUGCCCGAGAUCGAAGCGCAGCUCGCACAGAGAGUCGCAGCGCUCAACAAGGCGGAGGAGCGUCACGGUAACUUUGAGGAGCGGCUGCGACAGAUGGAGGCGCAACUGGAGGAGAAGAACCAGGAGCUACAGAGAGCCAGGCAGAGGGAGCGGAUGAACGACGAACACAACAAGCGUCUCUCCGACACGGUGGACAAGCUGCUGUCCGAGUCCAACGAGCGGCUGCAGCUUCACCUGAAGGAGAGGAUGGCCGCGCUGGAGGAAAAGAACGCCCUCUCUGAAGAACUCUCCAACAUGAAGAAGCUCCAGGACGAUCUGUUGGCAAAUAAGGACCAGCUAAUAGCGGAGCUGGAGCGGCUGCAGCUGGAGCUGGACCAGCUGAGAGCGAGGCCCGGAGGAUCUUAUUCCAGCCGGUCUCUGCCGGGAAGCGCCCUGGAGUUGAGGUAUUCCCACGGGGGCGGGUCCCUCCCGACCGGCUCCACCACUCACCUGGAUCCCUUCGGCAACGUCUCUGGGAGCAUAGUCCGGCGGAGCCACCGGGCCCGCUGGAGCUCCGCCCGCGAGGACUCCAGUAAGUACCCAGACUGGGAGAGCGGGGCGCCGCUGGGGACCGGGUACGACACCGGCAUGGACCUGGGCUGCUCUGAUGACGAGGAUGACGGGGAGCAUCGUUUCGGCUCCGAGCUUCUCUCCCCCAGCGGACAGACGGACGUGCAGACGCUGGCCAUCAUGCUGCAGGAACAGCUGGAGGCCAUCAACAAGGAGAUCAAGUUGAUCCAGGAGGAGAAGGAGAACACGGAGCUGCGGGCCGAGGAGAUCGAGAGCCGGGUCAGCGUGGGUCUGGACGGCCCCCCCGUCCCUCCCUCCUCCCUGGGGAGAGACAGCACAGGGCGAGGCUUCAUCCCCUCGUCCAUCACCUCCUCCACCCUGGCCUCCCCGUCUCCCCCCAGCUCCGGGACCUCCACCCCCCGCCUGCCUCACUCCCCGGCCCGGGAGAGCGAUAGACAGAACAGCAAAGAUGACGACCGAUCCCUGGCUCUCAUUGACUCCACGCCCCCGCCGACCCCCCGGGCGCUGCGUCUGGACAGGAUGGCCCUCACGCACCCGGGGGCCAUGCUGGACGACCCCCGGGAGUUCCGCAGUCUCUCCGCAGACGGCAGCAGCUCCAACAGCAGCCAGGACUCUCUCCACAAGUCCAGCAAGAAGAAAAGCAUCAAGUCUUCCAUCGGCCGCCUCUUUGGGAAGAAGGAGAAGGGACGGAUGGGCCAGCCGGGCCGCGACGGCUCCGCGUCUCUCGCAUCUACGCCCUCGGAGGACAUGGCCUCUGCAGACGCCAUGGGGAUGAACAAGACGGGAACGCUCGGCCCUGCAGAUAAAGAUCGACGCAGCAAGAAGAAGCAUGAGCUGCUGGAGGAAGCCUGUCGUCAGGGACUACCGUUUGCCUCCUGGGACGGACCGACCGUGGUGUCCUGGUUGGAGCUGUGGGUGGGGAUGCCGGCCUGGUACGUGGCGGCCUGCCGCGCCAACGUGAAGAGCGGCGCCAUCAUGGCCAACCUGUCGGACACGGAGAUCCAGAGGGAGAUCGGCAUCAGCAACCCGCUGCACCGCCUCAAGCUGCGCCUGGCCAUCCAGGAGAUGGUGUCGCUCACCAGCCCGUCGGCGCCGGCCAGCACGCGCUCCUCCACCAGUAACGUGUGGAUGACCCACGCGGAGAUGGAGUCCCUGAACGCAGCCACCAAGCCUCCGGAGCUGAAGGAGUUCAGCUGGGACCAGAUCCUGGCCUACGGCGAUAUGAAUCACGAGUGGGUGGGCAACGACUGGCUGCCCAGCCUGGGCCUGCCGCAGUACCGCAGCUACUUCAUGGAGUCCCUGGUGGACGCCCGCAUGCUGGACCACCUGACCAAGAAGGAGCUGAGAGGACAGCUCAAGAUGGUGGACAGUUUCCACAGGGUCAGUAUGCAUUACGGCAUCAUGUGUCUCAAGCGGCUGAACUACGAUCGCAAAGAGCUGGAGAGGAGGAGAGAAGACAGCGCCCACCAGAACAAAGAUGUGAUGGUCUGGUCCAACGAGCGCGUGAUGUGCUGGAUGCAGGCCAUCGGUCUGAAGGAGUACGCCGACAACCUGCGCGAGAGCGGCGUCCACGGGGCUCUGCUGGCGCUGGACGACACGUUUGACUACACCGACCUGGCCCUGCUGCUGCAGAUCCCCAACCAGAACACGCAGGCCAGACAGCUCCUGGAGCAGGAGUACAACUCCCUCAUCACCAUGGGAACCGAGAGACGGCCUGACGAGGAUGGAAAUAAGACGUUCAGCCGCUCUCCGUCCUGGAGGAAGAUGUUUAGGGAGAAAGACCUCCGGGGCGUGACCUCCGACUCUGCCGAAACCCUGCCCGCUAACUUCCGUGCCUCAGCCAUCUCCACGCCCUCCGUCACCCUGAGGAAGGUUCAGAGCGACGCCAGCUCUGGUGCCCGGGGUGAAUCUGCCUCCGUGAGGACGUACUCCUGUUGAGGGGCUGAGGGCGCUGACGGGACCGGGACCGGAGGAACCUCUCGCUCAUCCGCGGAGAAGAAAGCAAUGAAUAUAAACAUUUAACUUAAAAACUAAACCCAUCUGUCUGACCUUUCUGCAAUAAGAGAAGCGAAGGAAUGAAGGAGGGGAUGACAUGAAGAAUGUAUGAAUGUAUUCUCAAGAGUAGAAGGGUUGAGUAGGAUUAGCUGUUUUCUUUCUCUGUCUCUUCCUGUCCCUGAGUCUUUUCUCUUCAUCUCUUAAGAGCGGUUUCCGCCGUCGGUGUUGAUCGGGCCGCUGCCGGAUCUGCAGGAUUAUCGCCGGUCGGUCGGGGUUCGUUUUCCUACGUCACGCUGUCUUUUACUGUCUUACAGCUCGAAAACAAACAAACGAACGUGACGCCUUAAGAGCUACCGCUCAACAAAACGUGCAGUUCACGAAAUCCUGCGCGGAAGUCAAACCCGCUGGAUAAGUCGGGACUUUGAAGUGGCCCGAGACCCGGCGUCCCGGUGUCCAGUAUCAGCCAUUGUGGCUCCCAUUGUCUCCGGUCCCGUCAGGAGACUCCCAUGUCCCCCAACGGGACGGGGCGGGGCGGUAAAACCCGUCCCAGUCCAGACCGCCGUUAAGCCCGGACCACAUCAGAGGGACCUUCGUCUUUUGGCACCUUGAAAGCCGAUAAGCCCAGUGAUCUUUUUUGAAGGGAGAGCAUUAUGGAGAUCAAAGGCAGCGAGCCGGGUGGGAGAGGACGGGGGGGACGGGGGGGGACGGGGGUCAGGAAAUUCAUUAAGAUACUGAGAGUGGCAGUUUGUAAAAAGGUGUUCUCUAAGAGGUCGUGUAUGAGAUACAGGGGCGGUUCUGGGGUUAUGAUGGGAGCUUUUUUGGACUUGUAAGUAGGCCUGUGUUGAAAAAAAAUCGAUUUUCCGAUUCUAAAGCUGGUUAUCGAUUCAAAUGUCAAGAAUCGAUUCGAUUCCGAUUCUUAAGAUUCAGAAUCGAUUAUCACCAUUUGAUUCAAUCCGAUUUGAUUCGAUAUUGAUUUGGGUUAGCGUUGCCUGGAUUAUAUGACUGUAAAAUAACUAGUGAAAUAAUAAUUUCACAAUAAUUAUUGUGAAAUAACUAAGAAAUAAAUAACUCAAAUAAGCAUUUCAAUAUCAAUUUAAAGUGCAAAAAAAUAAAGAAAUUGCAACAGCUCAAGCAGUAAACAAAUUAUUUUAGCUUGUCAGAUUUAUUCUGUCACCAGACACACAUGCAUUUUUCAGGUAUUUCAUGACAAACCGUGUCCGAUAACAGAGAAACCAAACAAGCUAUAGUAAAUAUAGAUAAUAUGAACUUCAUUGAACUAAUAUAACAUUUAGAAAUUUAAGCUGCAAUGUCCAGCAUUUUCUCUAAAGAAAAGUUAAUUUAGUUUAGGAGUUUUCAAAACUACUGGGACUACUGGGAUUAAAGUUCAACAGGCAAAAAUGUAAUGAUGGAAAAAAAAAAAAUUUAAUUAAAAAAAAAAAAUCGAUCUUUAGACAUACAAAUCGAUUUUUAGGAAUUAAUAUGAGAAUCGAUUUUUUUCAACACAGGCCUAUCCGAUUGUCAUAUUAAUUCCUAAAAAUCGAUUCUUAUGUCUAAAGAUCGAUUUAAAAAAAAAAAUGUUUUCAUCAUUUUCGCCAGGUGAAUUUUAAUCCCAGUAAUCGGACACACAGUUAGUCAUGACACUUCUGAAAAAUACCAGGUGCUUCAUGGCAAUAUGUGUGCGUGGUGACAGAAUAAAUUAGAUAAGCUAAAAUGAUUUGUUUACUGCAUGAACUGUUGCAAUUUGUUUCUUUUUUGCACUUUAAAUGGAUAUUGAAAGGCCUGUUUGAGUUAUUUAUUUCUUAGUUUUUUCACAAUAAUUAUUAUUAUUUCACUAGUUAUUUUACAGUCAUAUAAUUCAGGCAACAGCUCAAAAAACAUUUUAAAUAACACUAAGCCAAAUCAAUAUCGAAUCGAAUUAGGGCUGGGCGAUUUUGGACAAAAAUAAAAUCCAGAUUUUUUUCUCUGAAAACCCGAUUUUCGAUUUCGAUUUUGAUUUUUUUGGUAAAACUACAAAAGACAAUGGAAUAAAUUGUUUCAAAUAUUUUAUCCUUAUUUUUAAAAGAAAAAUAGCAAACAAAUUUCCCUAUUGGGAAUGAAGUGCAAUUGAAAGAUGCUGUAAAUCCUCCUUGAGUUUAGUAAAGUGACAACAUUUACAAUUUUCUUGACCAAACAAAGAUGACUAGACGAGCUCUGUCUGUAAUGCAGCCAGCUGCAAAAAAGGAAAAUCGAUUUUCCGAUUUUCCUUUUUUUUUAACAUCGAUUGUGAUUAAUAAAUCCGAUUUAGAUUUAAAAUCGAUUAAUCGCACAGCCCUAGAUCGAAUCGAAUCAUGAUAAUCGAUUCUGAAUAUUAAGAAAAAUCGAUACCCAGCCCUACUUGUGAGUGAGGAUCAGAUGGUGCGGCCUCUUCGGAGACUCAACGUCAGGAUAUUUGGGGCUUUAAUCGCACUUCUACUCUUAAACCUUCUGCAGGCAGCAGCUACAAUCAAGUGCUCAAACACGUCGACCUCGAGGGUAAAUCUCAAGCGUUACCGGCGCUGUAGUGCGUGUGUAACCGGACAGCCGUGCCUAAGGGUUUCAAGCGUGUCGAGGUGGCCACACUCCAACUCCACGCCGUUCACGAGACCUCCACAGAGUCAUCGCGCACUUGUCGGCUCGUAAUCAUCAGCUCAGGGUCUUUUAGUAAAUCUUGAUGAGGGCGGACCCGAUGGAGAGACGAAACAGCAGCUCUGGGACGAGACGGGGGGGAAAGAGAGAAAGAAAGGGAGAAAAACAACCACCGAAGGACAGAUGUCGGUCAUUUUACUGCGCACACAAGCCAUAACAGAAACUGGAGAGCUUUCUGGAGGGAUGAGAUUACGGAGAGGAGGAGGAGGAGGAGAGGAAGAGGAGGAGAGGGCGGCCCGAGGAAGCCCAGGAAACAAAACCUUUAGCCUUUGUGUUUACGAUGCAUGUCAAAGAAACGACAACGACCUACAAACCUUCUUUUUUCUUUGGUAGUGAAGAUGAUAUGAAGUGUCGUUAAAAAAAUAUAUAUCUGUAUGAUAAACCUACGGGGGGGGGGUGGAGGAAGGGGGCGGGGAGCCUGGGGAUCAAUUUGUAAAAUGUGUGUAUUUUUUUCAGUUGUAUUUUUUAUUUUUUACGAUAACUAUUUAUUUUCUUCAGGUACGUAUUGGAUAAACGUGUGUACGUGUUCCGUUCCUUCUUUACUUCAUCCGGAUUCGUUUUAAGAGUAAAUAUGAAACAACUACGCGACCGUGUGUGUACAUUCGGAGGACAAAUUGUUGCAAAUGAUUUAACAGAUUUCCAUGACUCAAGUGAUAGUUAUACAAAUUGAAAAUAUCAUCUGGAAAAUAAAGAAUAAUGAUGAUGAUAAAAAUGGUGAUGUAAAAGAGAAAUAAAAUAAAGCGAUCCUGGUGGAUCUGCUGACCAUCGGAAA